GAUUUUACAAGCGAACCGGCCCUCAAUUAUGACCCUAUCACCAAAUUGAUCAUCGUACCACAUCCCAGUGACGAUCCAAACAACCCACUGAACGGGCCCCUCUUUAGACGUGAUAUCAUCCCUGCAGCCCUAUUAUUCGUCACUAUAUCAUAUCACAUUUGGGACGCGGCAUUGUUAACGGGAUAUCAUCUCGUCGGUGUGGGUGUCGCAGGAACCCUUGUCGUGCCCACGGCACUCAUCUGUAGAAAACACCAUCUGUUCCUGAUCGGGCAUGUCUUGAUGAUUGCGAGCUGUGUCUGGGCUGGUGCCAGUGGCCAUAAUCAUCAAAGCCUAUCGUAG